AUGGCUCAUGUUCUUCUUCCAAAGAAUACGUUCAAUGAUGAUAUAGGUGAUUCUUCACCAAGCUCGGAAGAGGCUUUUCAUUCAAGUCUUUAUAUGAAUUUUACAUUUUACGUCAAUGACUCCCAUCCUGAUGUUUUAUCAUCAUCAUCAUCAUCAUAUAUCGAUUGCUCACUUUCCAAUCCCUGUACCAAUGUGAGUCAAGUCGUUCAAACACUCAAUGCACUUCUCUCCAACGACCAAAAAGAUACAACAAUCAAGAACUUUCUGAGCCAGCCCGUAGUCGUCCAGAAAUUCGUGGUCGUACAAGUGAUCCUUCAAACCAAUGCCAUAAUGACCACACAUUUCACUGAGCUUUCAUCCUUUCCUAACUUGUUCUAUGUAUUUAGAUUUUCAUCUGCUGUGUGGAAGGAUGGAAGAGUUUCACUCGUUGGAGCUUCCAUCAUUGACACAUUUCGAACGGAUAUUUAUUGGAUGCAAUUUUCAAAUUUGGAAUUACAAUUAACGUUAUAUUCCUAUGCAGGUACAAACUUGGGAGCUGUGAAUUGUACAUUUUCAAAAUUCACCUUUGAAACAACUGCUGUCAUUCGCUCGUUUAAUGUUGAAAACUCUUCUUUUGAGGAUUCUUCGAUCACACUUGCAGGAUGUGACAUGGUUGUUUUCAGAAAUGUAGAACUUUUCAAUCGUUUAACGGUGAAAUGCAAACAAGCAAGUAAUUUUAUUGUAGAUCAUGUGACAUCAAAGCCGUUUAUGGAAAUUGAUAUUAGAGUUGAUUUUUCGAGGAAAACUCUCUUUAAGAAUGUGUUUUUUGAAGACUUUUCUGGAAAGAUUACAUUGACAAGCAAUAUGGCUGUAGCUUUUGAAAAUUGCAAUUUUAAAAGAAGUGCAACAUACUUGCCACUUGUCACGAUGAAUGUUGGAGAUUUGUUAAUCAUGACCAAUUGUAUAUAUCAGCAAGGAUAUGCAUUCUUAUUCUUAAAUAAUGUGGUUCGAGUGGUCAUGACCAACGUAAGAGCUCUCAACAACACAAUACUCGCACAGAAAUCCUUUGAGAUAACCUCUCCUAUCAGUGCUGUGAUAACUCUCACCAUUUCCAAAUCAGUUUCCAUCAAAAACUCUUACUUUGACAGAAAUAUUGGUCUGGAUCAAGGAUCAGCCAUCCAUUCUCAAAAUAUAAGAGAAUUUAAAGUGUCAGCAAGUACCUUUACGAACCAUGUUGGAACAGCAAUCUAUUUCACAAGUACGGCCACCAUGGAAAGAGGUAUAGAAAUUCAAAGCUCUCAUUUCGAAAACAAUACAUGCAAUGGAUUUGGAGGAGCAUUGAUGUUGACUGGACAUGUUCAACAAGAUACCUCUUCCUAUAUGGUCGUGUCUGCCUCGACAUUUAUAAGAAAUUUUGCAAAAUUAUCUGGAGGUGCAAUUUACGCCGAGCAUACUUCCUCCAUGCUAAUCACACGUUCCAUUUUCGAACAUAAUCAUGUGGAGGUUCAACACUCAUAUUUCACAGAUGGUAAUUACCAACGAGGAACAGGUGGAGCUCUCUUUAUUGGUAAGAAUACUCACACGGCUUUGCUUUUUCAAUCAACAUUUAAUGACAAUUCAGCAAGCUAUGGUGGAGGAAUUUUUUAUGUGAAGAAUUCCGUUCAGAAAGUUAAUUUUUGUAAUUUUUUGAAUAAUAGAGCCACUGUCAAUGGAGCUGCCAUAUUUCAUUAUCUGCCAGACACUGCAAAGACAGCAAUCAGUUUCACCAAUUCAAGUUUUAGAAACAAUCUAGCUCAAAGAUAUGGCCACAAUUAUUUCACAUCAGUGACGUCGGUCCAUUUUGACAGAACUAGAACGAUUGAACUCUAUCCAGGACAAGUCAUGAAUAUUGAUAUGAAAGCAUUUUCUUAUGAUCAAUUGGUCCCAACAAACGUGGAGCAAUUUCAAAUCAUUGGCAAUGAUAAUUUUCUGGUCCAUGUCCAUAUGCUUAAUCAUUCAUUGGAAGUGACACUUUAUUUAACCAAAGAAAACGAACCAGUUGGUACAUUAUUCAACACUACACUUCAAUAUGAAAGUCAAAAGACAGAGCCCUUCUUACCUUUCAAACUAACCUCAUGUCCCUAUGGUACAGCAUUACAAUAUCGACCAUUCUACAACUUGAACAACUCUGCAGGAUUUGUAUGUGCUCCAAAACCUGAUGUACUAGCCAUCUCUCUUGGAGUGUCCAUUCCACUGUUGCUCAUAUUCUUUGCAUUGGGAUUCGUAUUGAGCUAUCUCUGUAUAGUGUUAGGUCAUAGACUCAAAAAGAAAUUGAAACGUUUAGCAGAGAAAGAAAAAGCUGAAAAAGCAGUUGAACAGAAAAUUCUUGAUAAGCAUAUUAUAUUUGGUAACGGAUGGCAAGAACAUGACACGACUACAACGUUCAAUGGUGGUUGUACUUCCUAUAGCCGAUCUUUAACGUCACCCUUACUUGGAUCGCAAGAUGUAGAAUAUUUAGAAUUGAGUGAAUACACGACGAAUAGAACAUUGUCUGAGAGCAAGAAACAAUCCUUCCUCAUUUCGAUCAACGACUUGGAAAUUGUCAAAAGAAUUGCUGAAGGAGGAAAUGGUGUGGUGUAUCAAGCCAAGCUAUGGAAAAAGUUGGACGUGGCAGUCAAAUCAUUGAAACAAAAUUGUGAUGAUGACGAAGAGUUUGAACAGGAAGUUUCAUUGUUGGCCAGUCUAGAUCAUUUGAAUAUUUUAAAGUUUUAUGGUAUUUCAGUCACUGAAACGAGCAAAUACAUGAUUACAGAAUAUUUAGAAAAUGGAUCAUUGGACAAGAUGAUUUAUCGUGGGAGAAUUGGAAAUGAAGGAGCGCUUAAUUUCAUUCAAAAAUUGCAGGCACUCGAAGAUGUGAGUUGUGGAAUGAAUUACCUGCAUUCAUUGAAACCUGCCAUUGUUCACAGAGAUUUAAAACCUGGAAAUAUUUUACUCGAUAGUAAAAUGACAUGUAAGGUGUGUGAUUUUGGACUGUCACGUAUUGUUGGAAAUUCAAGCAAUACCAUGACAAAGAAUAUUGGUACAUUGUUUUAUAUGAGUCCAGAAUUGAUUUCAGGAAAAACCACAAGCUCCUCGACAGAUUCUUAUCAAGACAAACUUUUGAAAGCGACAAAAAUUGAUGUUUUCAGUUUUGGAAUUAUCAUGUGGGAAUUAUUCUUUGAAAUUGCUCCUUAUUCAAGCAGUGAAAAAACCAAAACAUUUGGAAAUGAAAUUCCCAUUGUCAAUAUUUUAAUUCACGUCAUGAACGGUGGAAGACCAUCCAUUCCAUUCAAAAACAAACAUGAAUUGUCAGAGUGGUUGGAUUUAUAUCCUUUACAAGGUUUUCCAAAGAGUGAAAUACUUCUUGACAUCAUUCUGGAAUAUUUUGAAUGGACUCAAAAAUGUUGGUCUGAAGAAAUCUUGUCACGACCAUCCUUUGAAGACAUUCACCAUGCAUUGAAAAUACUGAAACAGAAACUUUCUCAAACUGUUGUCAUUCAGUGA